AUGGUUGCAACAAGCGGCUACAGCCGGGAUGACUUAUUCGAAGCUACCUUCGUCUCAGUACAGGGGUGUCGUACCGCAGCCAAACAGCCAGUGGGGCGCUCAGAUCUACAAGCGCCAGAAGCGCGUUGGCUCGGCACCUUCGUCGAUGAGGCCGAAGCUGCGUGCGCCUACGAUGUGGCGGCACAGCACUUUCGCGGCCGUGACGCCGUCACCAACUUCAUGCCGCUGUCAGCGAAGGACGAGGAGGGCGCGCUGGCGCUGGCAUUUCUCGCCAAGCACUCCAAGGCGGUGGGUGGCAGGCAACGAGAGACGGGCGGGCGGUGGGCAGCGAAGGCGACUUGCGGCAGUGGGCAACGCGAGGAAGAAGAACCGACUUUCCUAUUAUCUGCUACGUGCCACCAUAUUGGCUUCCAAUGGGACUACAGGAGGAGCUUGCUGGUUAGCAGUCAGGGCGGCAAUAACCUGCUGCUGCUCCGCCAAUUGUCUUUGCAGCUGAGCUACUACUUCUAA